AUGAGCAAAACUACCUUUGAUGAGUAACUUUAUUCUGAAUUUAACCAAGAGAGUUAAUCAGAAUCAUCAGAGUUUAAAUUUGAAUCACAAUAAUGUCGAGUUAGUUAAACAACCGAUGCUGAUGCUAAACGUUACCAUAAAAUUCCAUUAAAAACACAAAUCUUAUUGUUUUAAAUGGUCUUUUAAUAAGGAAAACGAAUAAAACAGGUUAUAAGCUUGUAUACUAAAUUUAGGUUGCGAAAUCAUUGGGAAUGAAUUAUUCAAGUGCUAAGUCUUUGAUUCAUUAUUAUAAAAAGAAUAAAAGACCAACUCCUACAGCUAUAACUAGCAUAAUAAACUUAAAGAAAACAUGUGAUGUAAAAGAAACAAGAAAAGGAAAUGAUAAUUUUUUCGUUGACAUACGAAUAAAUAAAAAAAGUAUUAGGAAAUACAAUUAUUAUCAACUAUCAAACAUGAAUCAUAAUAAUUUAUCAAAAUGA